AUGCGGGCAGUGCCAAGCUUCAAUAAAGCGAAGGACAACACAGUCCACCAUGGAAGUUGCCCAAAGAGCAAGAUAACUUGCCGAUGCUCGCUUAAAAUCUUUUGUCAGGGUCAAGAGCAACAUAGAGAGGUGUGCAGGUUGGCCGAAGUCCAAUUUCGGCUAGGUUGUGGAUCGACCGUCCAAAGGUAAAAAUGCAUUUAAAAAGUAACUUAAAAUGAUUGAAAUGCUCGGUAGCUUGAGUACACAGGAUCUCAGAACAUAGGGAUAACGCGUAAGUGAAAGGUAGGCGAUAGUACAAGCGCCUGAUCUUAUUCUUGUGUCGGCACAUUCUCGAUUUCGAGGUUCCACCCGCUGUUUGUUUCGUGGACCUGACUAUCUCAGAGACUGGAACAGGCUAACUUCUAGGAGAAAUGAAUGUCUUGACUCCGUAAAAGUGAGGAAAGUUUUGUUUUAAAAUUUUCUCACUUCACAAUAUAUCUCGUAUAGCAGCGUAUAUGUGGAUCUUAAGUGGAUUUGUUGUCGCGUAUAUACUGCGUCGCGAAAAUCAUUGCUGUACUUUCGAAUCCUUUUUGUAGGGUUUUUUCAAACAACAUGCUGGUAUUUGAAUAAAUGGGGGAGAGAGUGCACGCGCGCACCCAAGCGGCGAGAGGCGAUCUCUCUCCUGUCUCGCAACUUCAGUCACGCGCGUAAUCUUUUGCGUGUGUCGCACAUUUCGCUCGAUGGAUUCCCGUAUUUGCCGCCCCAUCGGGUAGGGUUUUUGCGCCGUUUUGGUAUGAAAACGGGUAUACACUUUACUCAUUUUGGUCUGGAAUCGGGUAUGGUUUUCGAGGGAACUACGGGAGUGUAUGAACGUAUCUAUCGUUUCCAUUCCAAAUGAGUAAGAAAGAAAUAGAAAUACGCGAAUUCGGAAUGGGUUUGAAAAAAAACUUGCGCUCUAAUCUAAUUAAUGACAGCUUGACUUCAGUCUUGGAGAACAAAGAGGCACACUCCCACCAAGAAUUUCCAGGAGUACCAGCCCCCGUACCCUGCGAGGAAAUGCUCCUUUCUCUUCUCGAGUUAUCUAGGAAGAUCGAAGGGCCUGUGCUCGAAGGGUACUCGCCCUGGGAAUGAACUGUUGAAGCCACAAAUGUAAUACUUGACCACGAAUGUAAUACACUCUUUUCUUUUCAUAACAACGUUCUAUGGAUUAGAGUGACUGACGAUCUGUGACCUUUGAAGUUAACAAUAUGCUUACUUCUUUAUUUUCAGGAAUUUUAUUCCUUCACAUUGCUUGGAUUGCCUCAAAGUCGUGAAGCAAUGCCCCGUACGUGGCUGCGGGCAGCAUUGUAGAAAAGGGGAAGUGCUGGAACACAAAAAAGAAAAAAAUGAACGCCACAUAUCUUUAAUGGAAAGUGAAAGAACGGGAAUUCUGUGGAAGUCAGAGAAGGUGGGUCAAAAAAAAUUUAAGUCGAUUAUUCAUAGCCAGAAAAAAUUCAGUUACUGUUGACUUAAGCUUCUUCGGUGAAAAGCUUUGAGAAAAAAAAAAUGGCCAAACAAACGUUAACUUUUCAAUUAGGCACCCCAUGGCCGAAUGUUUCCGAAUACGCCAGAAGUGUCUCAAAUAGUUUUCUCUGUGAUUUAGAAGCCUGUUAGGUUAAUUUGGUGUUGCCCUAAAACUAUUGAUCUGUUUGGAUGUCUCAGAGGAACUUUGGUCGUCACGAAAGUCUAAGUAUAGGUGUCUUUUUCGUCUCAUCCGAAAGUGUUAACUACCAUUAUGGGUCCGGCAAAAGUUUUAGGGCAUGAAGGAGCCUUAAUUUCAAAUUUAGAAAGCUGCAGGGGACGUUUUCUCUUUAUACCGAAAUUUUUAGGAGACCUUUUUUAUUAGACGCAAUAUAUUAGUAUUUUAUUAGUUAUCCAUAUUUAAAAAAAAAUGGAUAACAAAACCUCCGAAAAUCGUAGUUAGUGUGUUAGAGAACCUCCAAAUAUUUCACACGAAUGGAACGGUUGUCCUUGGAACAGUUAUUUUACAGAAUAAUGUCGCUGGGUGCCCCUGAUGUCUCAGCAGAUAGAGGAUAGAGGACAGAGAAAUAAUGAUCGUUUUUCAAAACUGUUAUUGCAGGGACGAUUGGCCGUUCUUCCACAAUGUUCACCAUCAGAACAGUUCGUCCUAACGUGGACAGGAUUGGGUGCAGGUUUAGGCUCUUUAGCCCCACCAGUCCUUGUUAAGCUUAAAAGGAGGUGGAGGUUAUACUUCCAAAAAGGCAUGGAGCGCCUGAAAUACAUUCAGGGGUUGGAGGACAUUGCUGUCGCCCCAAGGCAAGUAUUUGUUGACGGCUCUAGC